AAUAAUUCUUCUCCCUAUUUUCCAAAAUUAUACUGUUAUUACAGUUGGCUAGGAUCGCGAAUUAAGAUGAUAAACGAGCUUCUCGAAACGUUCCUCUUGGAGAAAAACAAAGUAAAAGCAGAGGACUCCAAUACGGAGACCAUCUUUGAACCAAGUCAUAAUGUUCGAAACAAAUUUGAAUUGAACAAUUGGCUGCCCGAACGAUCUUUAAAUAUUCUAGAAGUAUCUACGACGAGCGGCGUUUCGAAUGUAAAACAAAAGAUCGUCCAAGAAAAAGUUCAUAUACUUCGGCAAAUUAGGUUCGUGCAUCUACAAGUGUGCAAGGUAUCGAGGAUGGUGAACGAUAUAUUCAACGCCCAAAUAUUAAUAUACACGAUUGCGACACUGCUAUACUUUACUAUAUGUGUCUACAGCUUGUACAUGAUUUAUCACAGAAAUCCUAAUGAUAUAAUAGAUCGAUUCGAUAUGACAGUGAUAUAUUUGUUGGACAGCAUGGUUGGAGUCUUGAAGAUCGCUUUAAUGAGCUACGACUGCGAAUAUACAAUGAAACAGGCUAACAAAACGAUAGGAAACAUCCACGCGUAUCCUGUGCACGAAGGAAACGCAGAAUUAACAGAUGAGAUCCUCCAUUUUUGUUGGCAAAUAUCGUACACGCAACUUGAGAAAACGAAAUCGGUUCAUUAUAUAUUGAACUAUGGAUUCGUCCGUUACUGUCUCAACUUCGUAAUAUCUUAUUUGGUGAUUAUGAUACAAUGGAGCCAAAACUUGCUAAAGAACGAUCCAAUGAUAAUCGCAAACGAAACCACCACUUUUCAAACGUUACAAGAGAAUACGAGCAUAGUGGUAUAAUAGCAUAACGUUGGAUACUUUUCGAUAACGUCAUAUUAUGGAAUUGUAAAAGUCGCACAUGAGAACUGUAAUUAAUCAUUAAUAAACUGCACCUCAUAAA